AUGCAGCGUGUGCUGCAUAAGCACCAGAAGGAGGACCAACCACUUGAAAUACAACAGACGGGGACGAGUAAUUCUCGAAAUGGAAAAGAAAAUCGGUAUCCAGCAACGACAUUCUUGUCGUGUUCUUCUCCUUCUCUUUAUACCUCUCAAGUCAAUGGCACGACACGACGUCAUGGGACGACAACGACAUUGUAUCAUUCAAAAAAUACAACGUCUCAAGCAUUACUAGCUCAAGAUCAAGUUGUGGUGGGACUAUCAGCAUCAACGGAAGACGAGGUUGAAGACUGGAGUAAAGACUUUUUAGCUGCGAAACGGCCACGGGCACGUUGGCGACGACAAGAAAAUCAUAUCGGGAAAACUGACUUUGGCGUGGCUGAAACACAUUAUAAACGUCAAAGUAGUAGCAGUUCCAAUGGAGUUACAGCAACGGCAAGUCAUCGAAGAGGAAGUGACGUGAGGGAUUCCAGUGGUAGCAACGGCUCUGGACGACAGAGUGGUGGCGUGGACGAGGACGAUCUUCGAGGAGGACUCUAUAACUCCUACUCGCCGGUAAAAGACACGGCACGAGUUGGAAAAACUUCUCCAUCAAUAGAUCCACAUGAAGAAUCGAGCGACAGUGAUGAGGACUGGGAUGCAGAGUUUGGCUUUGAGAAUGAAUCGGAUGCGUCAAUGUUGGGAUCGUCCGACAGCAUGGAUCCUACCAGGAGAAGAGCAGAGAAUGGCAACUUUUUUCUCCCCAAUUUGCACAAAGUUUUGGAUGGGGAGACGUUACCCGAUGAUGACGAGACGGAUGACGUGGACGGUGGAAACUUUAGUCUGGAUACGGUAGGACGACGACAGAGGAGACCGUCGGAAGAGCCAAUUUUUCAAAAGAGACGCAACGACUGUCAUCAGUCUGGAGUGAGCGUAGAUGGAAGUUUAGAUGGUAUCAGAUCCAGCUUAACGUCCGCGUCGUCGUCGAAUACGGUCGAGUAUACCCUUGUGAACAAGUUACGGUUGCUCGAGGUGGCCACCUCGUCCGCUUAUGCGGUCAGGAUAGAACGGUAUCCUAAACCUUCUAGCACUUUUAGUAACCUGGAGCGAGACCGCAAUCAUUUUCCCAGCUUCUCUGAGAACAAUUAUGAGCGAUGGCUGGUGGAUCUGGUGGUGUCAGACUGCGCGGUAGUAUCACAUUACAUGGACGCGGAACGUAGUCGACUGCCGCCGCCAAGACAAGUGAAGAACCAGAAUUUUUACGCGCUCGUGUCACUACCGUUCGGGCGCGAAUUCGUAGACAGAUUUUAUAAGCAGAUUACACAUCACCGCUACUUUGGUGAGGAUGAGGAGAACCGCGAGCUUGUUCGGAUGUACUUUGAAAAGGUAUCAACUACUAGUCUGACAGACGAGAACUGGGCCCAGAAUUUAUCGCCUAGUGACUUAGAGUUUGUGGUUGGAUGCAGCAUCGAGAUUUUACAGGAAGCCGCGCGUUUGUACGGUCCAAAACCUGUGGUGCCGCUUGCAACGCAUUUAUCACUGUCGACGCUGCCUACUUCUUCGUCAGCAUCAUCGCAAGGCAACAAGACCACUAUUUACUGGAUCGAGCAGUUUCAGGACAUUCUGGUACAUUGUGCGGAAGCAAUACCGCAGUAUUCAAACGUCGUUGCGCUUAUUGAGCUUCGGUAUGUUUGUCACCACUUGGCUGGCUUUGCAAGUGGAGAGUACGAAUACAAGUGGCAGAUUUGCAACCAAUUGCCUGCGUUCUUGCCGUUAGAACCAGUUGUAGGUGAUUCUGCGUCGCAGAUCGUGAACGAAGUACUCCAGUACUAUGGUGCACUGUUUCAGCACUUGAACACGAGCCCUGAAAGUCACAGCAAUCGAUUCAUGCGACACAAAUCUUUUGGCGAAAGUCAGAAACCACAAUCAGAGGACGCCAGACAUUUUGCGAUUUCAUCAGAUGCUUUAUGUCUUCAGGCACUUAUUAUGUGUGACAUUCAAAGUUUGUACGACAGUAAGAGUGCUUUGGCAGAAACUUCGCUACCAGCGCUUGAAGAGCUUCUCGAAUUUGAAGAUGACGAGGCAACAGUUGACCCUAUGCUUGUGGGACUAGCACCUCACAAUCGCGACAGUCGUAGCAGUUUGUCUUCGUCUAAUAUUGAUUAUCGUGAUAGUGGUUAUGAACGUGGUGAUUCGUCGAAAGGGCUGGGUGGGUGGAGCACUAGCACCAAAUUGUUUGAGCUUUUGAGACCAUCAUCUCGCACACGUACCUCGGCGUUAAGUUUUUUUUACGAGCGGAUUGCGGCCGUAGAUUUCCCGCUGGUAAAAGCAAAAUGCGCAACUGUUUUGGCUGGCAUGCACGUUUCCUCUACCACGUCUCAUGGUAAUUUGAGAGUAGCUGAAUCGCUUGCCUACGAAGCGCUUCGCUUACUCGAGUCGUGUUCGAAGAAUUUUCUGGCUAAACUUGCUAAAAUGCUAUCAUUGGGCAGCCACGAAAAGGCCACACCAGUAACAUACCUGAGCACAUUUAACAACUAUGGGCUCCUUUCCGAUUUGGGCCGAGAGACACUGGAGGGGCUGGGCAACAUCUUGAUCAAGAACAACAAAUACCGCUAUGGCAUCUUGUGUCUGGAAGCUGCGGGAGCUCUUUUUAGUUUUCUAAAUCGGGGCUGCCAGUAUGAAAAGCUGGACCGGCUUCUAUGCAAGCUCACGCUUGAGGCCGAUGAUGUACAUCGAGCGCUGCCGCUACACGAGAAGGUGACAUGCGCAGCUCAGCGACAAGGCAACAUUACAGUGUAUGUAUAUUUAACGCAGGAGAUGACCAAACUUUGGAUUCGUGAGGGAAAUUUUACCCGGGCUGAGGAAUAUCUGGCAACUUCUUGCCAAUUCUUGCGAGACAACACGAACCUGCUCCCACCACAUUUUUUGUCAUCUGCUACAACCGCGAGUUAUUCUAGUAGUGAGGCCCCAUCCAGCCGUAGUGGCACGAUGAUGACUGCCACGUCAAGCUCGGUGUCAUCUUCUCUCUCGGGAUCGUUCCACCUGUCGUCGCGUAGCACAGGAAAUGCGAGCGAGGUGGACACUUGGUUGAAUCAUGACAUUAGCCUACAUCUUCUCGUACGUGACGUUUACCGCUCGAGUGGACGGUGUUUGGAAGGGAUGCGCGUUCUAGAACAUCUUUUAAACUAUAGCACGCGAUUACCUCGCGGAAAGCGCACGCAACUGCGUAUGCUACUCGCAGAGGACGCGCUUAAGAUGCGGAUGCUUGUCACAUGUCGUCACAUGUUCUCGUUAAUGGAAAGAGAGGCUACAGCUUUUUGUGACCGACUACAGGAGAAUAUCAAAGGUUUUAGUGGACCAGGAAGUAGCAGCGGCACCGGACCUGGGACUAGUAGUAGCGGUGGUGGUAGAAGCCUUGGUGGCAUGGGUAGCGAAGCACGCUACUGUUUCGACAUGUCAUUCACUCUCCGAUACAUCGUUUGUCGCGUGAAGAUGUAUCUAAAGCUUGGCGAUUUUGGUAACGCGUUUGCUUGGCUCUCUCUGGCUCACGUGAAGAAUGACCGCGACAACAUCAGAAAAAAGGCUCAAUUAUACGUUCUUGACGGCAAGGUGUUUCGCGCUAUUUGCGAGCAGCAGGAACGCGAAAUGGAGCUCCACCGCGAUGGCGAAGGGCCUACUAAACGAGGACGCUCGACGGGCUCGUCUUUUGUCGGAAGUGUUGUGUCACAGGCACAGGCUGAGGAAAUGCUUAAGCCCCUGGGCGUCUCCUUAUAUGGCUUGAACAAGGACGAAAAACAGCGUUUGCAUGAACGCAUGGUCCAGUUUAGAACGUGCAUUCAAGACAUUGGCAAAGCUGAAGAACAAGCGCAAAAUGCGUUCUGGACUGCUUUUGAUCUGUACCGCCUCUUGGACGACAGUCUGUAUCAACUUAAGGUUUUGCUUGAGAUCGUCGCCUUUAUGCUGGCUCCGAUCCAGCGAUCAUUUUUCGCUCUCGGUAGCAAUCAGGACGACGAAAUGCUCAAGUUGCACUUGCACCGUCAAAGCUCCGGAAAAGGUCCAUCAGUGUUGGAUUUAGAUGACCUAGGUGGUGAUGACACGAUCGAAAAGACCCGGAAGACGUUGCUCGAGACGCAAAAGCUUCUCCGGCCUGCGUUGAAUCUGGCAGAGCAAGUGGCAAAUCCCGCAUGCUUCCUUCGAACGUUGAUAUUCUGCAGUGAAGUGUGGGUGUGGCUCGAACGUAUUGCGUCAUAUAAGAGCGAGAAACAUCUCAAGGAAGCAACGGCAUUCUGGGAGGAGGCUGUUCGCACCAUGAAGGGCGUUUUCUUCCGGCGCGUUGCGUUUCAUGAUAUCGCAGAUGCAAAAAUGUUGCACUCGUCUGGGUUUGAAAACGAUUUCACGAUGCCGUACGGACGAGGGCCUCAAAAAGGACGGUUUUGUGUGGUACCGAUCCUAAAUUUUAGUGAAGGAUUCAUUAGAAAGCUGGAAGCCAUGACACUGCAAUUGAUUUUCACAGCCUGCCAGAUCCAACAGUUUGAGCGCGUGCCUGACUAUGUCGAAGAAAUUCUGCAUAUGCAUCUUGACGAGCUGCUGAGUGCUCGAAUGUGCUUGAGUAGUAUUGUGCACCAGUUGCAAACGUUUCAAGCGCUGCAAAGGUCACUCAAGCGACUGCCACCUCACGGCUCGACAUCCAAUCUGGCUGUAGCAGCUGCAGUUACAGCUAUGCCGUCAGGUUCUAGUGUUUCAGUCUCUAGCGUGGGCAGCAACAACUCCAGAUCCUCGUCCUUUUCUGCGGUGAUUCCUGUGCUGUCACCACAAAUGAGCAGAAGCGGAAAGCAAGUAGCUACGCCGUCUUCGAAUAAUGCUGGCGUAGCAUGUGGAAAGCGAGCAGGUCAUAAGAAGAACCAGUCGAUGUCAUCUAUCUCUGAGUUGCUGGCAUCCAAGACUUCGUCGCCAUACCUGGAGGGUCCUGCAUCUUACUGUGCACUUGGCGGCUUGAAAAGCUCAGCAACACCUCGAACAGGCUUGGCCUCAUUGAGCGAACGGUCUAAUAUUCCGCCUCCUUCGUCGACAGCUACGGGGAAGUCCGGGGCUACUGUUGCAGCAAAAAAAGGUGGUGAACGGAAGCUGAGACGUUUCACGCGAGAACGGUCACGUUCGGCGCCACAACCAGAAGUGCUUGAUUCUGCGUCAUUAAGCCCAGAGUUGUCGUUCACGCGAACUGGUGAUGGGGACUCUUAUGAGGAAGAAAGUAAACCUGUUUUUGCUGAAUCGGUAAAGAGCAGUGAUAAUGAGAUGAAGCGUACAUCGUCCGUAAAGUUUAUCGAUCUAGGUGACCUGAGCGCAUUGCCGUCUAGAGAAGAUCUCAUUCUGGGAAGAACAGAUGGCUUUGUGCACGACGAAGGCAGUAGUUCAAACGGUGCCAUUGGUCUGUGUGAUUUUAAUGAAGUGCAAUCGGAGAAGCUUUGGUGGAUCUUCAAUAUGUGGCGUGAUGCGAAAUUUAAAUACGUAGAGAGAAAGAUCGAGACGUCAGAGUUUCGGUCGCGAAACCUGCGCUACUUGCGGACGUUACUGGAUGCGUUUGAUCCUCAACAGAUUGCUGUGCUGUACUUCGGAGGACUCGACAGCUCAUCGACAGAAUCAGUUGUGACACCAGGGGGGACUCGAGCUCUAUCAGAUGUGAACACUGGGAAUUUUAAUGGAAUGCUAGAUUUCGACGUCUCACGCAUGAACACACAUGCGUUGAUCCAAGACCGUCAGUUAGUGCUCUCGAUUGGUUACGAAUUCGCACCGGAAGUACGGACGCAUUUUGAAACACACCCGAAGCUCCAAUUUAAGGUGUUUAAUGUGCGGGAGGGAGACACAAGAGCGUGGCGUCAAGAGAUUCCACGACCGGACUGGUAUUUAUCGGAGUACGACAUAAUGGAGGCUGAAGAAGCUGCAGUUGGUGCUGGAGUUCUGCGUACAAUGCGAUUACUUGGUGCUAAACUAUUGGUGAAGCUGUUGGGAGUGCUGUUACUGGAGCAUUCUGUUGUAGUGGUGGGCAGUUCGUACCCGCAGAUCCAGGAGAUGACCACAAGUCUGCUGAAGCUACUAGAACCAUUUCAGUGGCAACAUACUUUCUUGCCGUUCGUGCCUGUGACGUCCUGGAGGUUUCUUCAUGAUGCUGCUUAUCAACAUGCACAGGCGGAGAUUGCGGCUCGACCGAAGAGUCGCAGGUCAUUCUCAAGGCUCUCACACGAUUGGCGGGCAUGGGGUAGCGGAAGCUCGUACUCUUCGUCACGAGGAAGUACUGACAGCUACAGUGGUGGUGUGAACAGUCCAUUGGCGUCUAGCGCGGUAACAGAAUCGAUAGAGGAAGAACCUCCAUUCCUGUUAGGUGCUACGGCUGAGACAUGGCAGAGCUGCUUGGCUUUUUCUAAAAAGUGUGGCAACGACCCUCGCCUGCUUUCAUCAUGCGUUGUUGUAGUUGAUUUAGAAGAUGUGGACUCGCUUGUGACCGAUAAGACACUCCGUAAUGCGGUACCACUGCCUAAGAAAUGGCGAAAGCUAUUUCUUGAGCGGAUCGAGAAAAUCACAAGGCAGCGUUACAAGAUGCGCGUGAAAAUGAGUCGCAGGUAUUCUUCGCAACAUCUCGUAUCAAGUCGUGGACCAACGACGCCGGCCUCCCGGUCUGAUGUGUCAUCGAUGCGUUCGCCUGUGGGGACUAAUCCUCCUCCGGUAGGUGUCGCCUCAAGAGGUGUUGACGACGUGCUCAGCACAAGCCGGUCCGGAUCUAGCUGGAUGAUGACGCCGGUCUCAGCCAGUGGAGCGUCUGAACUGGACAGUAAUUAUCAAUUGCAGCAGUCAGACAUACAGCCUACCAAUCUGAAUGGACUGGAUGAGAGAAAGAAUUACGAUUUUGAGUGUGCCGCAGCAUUUGUAAGUGGUGUGCGUGAAUUCUACGAUCGGCUGUUCGUUUUGAGCACGGAAAAGGAACGCAAGGCCAAGACGAGCAAGAAGAUUUUUAGCAGCACUGGUCACUCGAAGCGGCAAGAAAUCAAGUCGUGGUUUUCGUCUUGUCACGACUUUGAUGCGUUUGUGCAUAAGUUCCAAGGCACCGAUUUGCUAGCGAGUUUUGAGAAGAAGAGGAAGGAGAAAAAGGAGGCAGAGCUCAAGAGCUUUAGCCAUUUGCCGACUAGUAAUCAUAGCUCGGAUAACCAAGAACGGAGACGAUGA